CUGGAAAGUCUCAGGGAGAGCAAGAGAUAAAUUGGAAGCUAUAUGAGGGCCGAAGGAGACAGACGUAUGGUCUGAAAAUGAACGACAGCGAUGACAGUGAUUCUGUUGACAGCUUGCCAGAUUCUUCAGCCAGCGAUAUUAGUACUAGUAGCGACGACGGUAGCGACGAUGAGCCGCUCAUUUCAAAAUUGGCCAAUUGGAGGGCGGCACAACGAUCUCCUUUCGCGGCUACUUCCUCGGAUCCCAGCCGAAAGCGAUCUGUAUCUUCAGACGAAUCAGAUGCUCAGGAGCCUUCCUCGGCGUCAGACAUGAACUACAGCGACAAAGUAUCGCUUCGAGGUGGUCAAAGGACUGGAGAUAGGCCAGUACCACACGACAGUGAUCGCAGCGACGGUGAACCGCUUAUAUUGAAAAAGCGAAGAUGGAGAACAGCACAGCAGGGUGAAUCCGCGACUGAUUCUUCGAACACCUCCGGUGUUGAGUCUAAGAGUGAGAACGAUGAGCCGCUGGUGCCGGUAUUCUCGAAGUGGAAAGCCGCGCGGCUGUCUCGAGCCAGCAUAAGUUCACCGAGCAGAUUCAGGAGAAGGCCAGUUGUGGAGUCAAGUUCAAGCGAUGAAGACACUCCUCUGACUACCUUCAGCAACAGGCAAACCGCAUCGUCCAGAAGACCUCCUCCUGUCGUGCGACGCCUUGUACGUUUGCCUGUUGGGACAACUCGUACGCGACGUCGACCUGUCGUUCUGAACACCAGCAAGAGCGACUAAGAAUGAGAUACGUGAGGUUGAACUGGGACUUUGAAGGAUGUUGUUUUGACGUCGUCGAUUGGUUCAAUCGCUAACAAAAUGAAAGAAAAGAAGACGAGGUCAGCAGUUCGACCACAAUGGUUAACGCUGUAUACGCUAAGCGUUAAGCAUUUUCCUCUUGAGAGAGGU